UUCAUCUCCAGCAACUCCAGCAGUCUCAAGUUCAGUCUACUCAAACCCUCACCUUUCAACUUAAAAUGAAUUCAUUCAAAACUAUCCUUGCCUUGUGCGUCGUGAUGGCAGCUAGCUGCUCAGCUUCAUCAUACAGGACCCAACAAUCAGCGUGGGGAAGCCAACCAGCAGCUGCUGCUCCUCUUCCAUUGCAAAACGGAGGGGGCUACGGUAACAAAGUUUGGGGCUCAGCACCAUCGGCAUCAGUUCAACCCACUUUCAGCGCUCCCGCCGUCCAGGAUGCUCCUCUUGCUCCCGCUCCCGCUCCUGCCCAGUCUUCUUUCCCAGCUACCACUCAACAAAUUUGCACUUGCGUUGCCGUCCCUGCUGCUGCCGCUCAACAGUCGGCCGCUCCCGCACCUGCCGCCGCCGCUCCACUCGCUGAUGUUCCUCUGCAACAGGCCGCUCCUCAGCAGACCUACUCGGCUCCUGCUGCUGCUCCUCAGCAGACUUGGUCAGCUCCUGCUGCCGCUCCUGCGCCCGUUGCUGCCGCCGCCACCCAGUUCUACAACGCUCCCGUCCAGCAAGCUGCUGCACCUGCACCCGUAUUCCGCCCGGCACCCAGCGCUGCUGCUAGGCCGUCUUACAGCACUGGCUAUUAAAACGAAACGAAUCUUCCACCUUCUGUACGUUCUUUAUUUGCAUCUUUCUUGACAUGUCAACAUCUUGUUACCAUCACCUGUUGCCUGUGAGUUGGAUGUACUAUAUCUGUCGCAAACAAAAAAAUUAAACGCAUCCGAAAAUGUCUACAA